ACUUCUCUCUCAUAUCUUCCACCUCCCGUUAACGAAGAAGCGUUUCAGUUUGGGCUGCCCACUCAUCUGUGCGACUCGAAUCCCGUAUCGAACGGACCUUCGACAGAGCAACCAAACUUCUGCCGUCCCCUUUUCAUCAUUUCUUUUCUUCGGCAAGGUCUUGCCAGGUAUUGGUAUUGCAGUCCUCCGUCCUGAGCCUCUAAGGUCGCUUUCUCUCUUGUUUGGUAUUCCCCUGUUCUCUUCGCCUUCCAGUCGACAACAUGGCACCAAACCAGAACAAGGGGGUCAUUCGACCGAGAACCGCCGCUGCGGUCCCGACUCGUUUCCGAUGUAAGGUUGGGGGAGAAUGGAAGCCAAUCGAUGCCUUCUCGGGAAACCAGCAAAAGUUGAUCCAACGAAACAUCGAAAACAGACGCGACGUUGAUGCUGCCCACUCGGGGAUGACAUGCCGCGAACACACGUCCAAGUCACGUUGCGAAAUCCGAUGCGAGGUCUGUGGACUGAUCAAGCCCAAAGAUCAGUUCAGCAAGAACUCCCUGAAGCUUGACGAAUAUGCUUGUAUGCGCUGUGUGGCCUGGACUGAGACUCAGGAACCAGAAGUCACACCGGCCCCUUUGGAGACGGGUCACAUCUCAGUCGAGGAAGAGAACGUUGGUGUUUGGCAAAACGACUUCGAGUCCAACGUCGACUUCUUCGAAGACGAUGGCCUACCAAAGGCCCCGAUUUCCGACUUGUCGUCGCUUGGCCUGAACGACCUGGAUCUGUUUGGCAAUUCAGAUAAUGUUGGCAGCGCGACAUUGUCCCACAUCUUGGAUCAACGUUCUGCCAAAGAACGGUACAUAGCCGACACUGCCAGCGUCUCCGGGGAGUCGAUCUACACGUCCAGUGUCAGUGUCCUGCCGCCACAUCUUGCAGGGCUAUCGAAAGCCAGUGAGUCGGGUCCAAAAUCAACGUCAGGCGCUUCCGAGGCGACCAGAGAAUCGCGAGGAUCUUCGACGCUGCCACCCCAUUUGAGAGGCUCAGUUCCUCAGACCAGUUCGGCACGAAGCGUCUCGACGGCGACCACUGUCCGCAAGGACAAGGAAGAACGAGCAAAGUCUCGGGCCAUACCCUUCAAUGCAUGGGGCCCUACUGGAAAGCCCUAUCAAGCCAUCAAAGACCCGACCAUCUCAACCAUGUCUAGCGCUACUUCGCAGAAGUCUAGUGUCAAGGCAAACGUUCAAGAUGACCCAAACAUUAUUGGCGAUUGGGAUUUUCCCCCUCUUGGGGAACCCCAACCCCAAAGCAGCGGUCGAUGGCCGAAAGCCAGCGAGAGCAGAAUCCCCCAGGCCCAGUUGAAGAAGCAGCCUAUCCUCACACAUACGAAGACACGACACAUCGACCCUGAAAUCGAUCGACAGCGCAGAAUGAACUACUGCGAUUCUGACGACUCGGACUACUGAGUCCGUCGAUGGUAGAUGCCCGGCCAUUGUUCUUCGGUUUGCGUGUACGUUCAUGGACAAGUCUCGUGGAUCCUACUCGCGACUGUUGUGCCACAGUCACCCAGCGGAAUCACGACAUGUGGCCCGGCUUUUCCUUUCACUUUUCGAUUUGAGGAUGUGUUUGACCCGCUACUCAUUACGCCGCACACCGCAGAGAGCAUUUCCCCCAUAGGGUUUGAUCAUGACGAAUAUCGAGGAUCUCGAGGUUGUCUGAAGCCUCUCGGUUCGGUCGAGCACGGAAGAGAGUUUUGCUAA